CCCUAAACCCCUCUCUCUGGACGCAGAAACUCGGCGGCGGAGUCAACAACGAUGGGAAGAGGAAGACGACACAGAGGCCGUUCUCACAGAAACCAAUCAGAAGAGAGCAGAGAAAACGCUCCAAAACCUCUCAAGUCCGAUGCUCCCUUCGAUUCCACCAUCCAGAAUCGCACCUGGUCGAAUCUCGAUUUCGAGGAGUAUUACAAGGAGCAAAGGAUAGUGAAAGCAGAGGAGUGGGAUUCAUUCAUUGAGAUUCUUCGUAAGCCAUUGCCUGCUGCCUUCAGAGUCAACUCCAAUGGCCAGUUUUGCGAUGAGAUUUUAUCGAUGUUGGAGAAUGACUUCGUGAAGUCUCUUCAGGCUGAGGCUGUGGAGAGUGGUGAAGUGGAGGCGAUCAAGCCCUUGCCUUGGUACCCUAACAAUCUUGCUUGGCAUUCUAAUUUCUCUCGCAAGGAGAUUAGAAAAAACCAGACUCUUGAAAGGUUUCAUGAGUUUUUGAAGUUGGAAACUGAAGUUGGGAACAUGACCAGGCAAGAAGCUGUUAGCAUGGUACCUCCUCUCUUCCUUGAUGUGCAUCCAGAUCAUUUUGUACUCGACAUGUGUGCUGCACCUGGCUCCAAGACAUUUCAGCUUCUUGAGAUAAUUCAUGAAUCAGCAGAACCAGGAUCUCUACCUAAUGGAAUGGUGGUGGCGAAUGAUGUGGAUUACAAAAGAUCUAACCUUCUUAUUCACCAAACUAAGAGAACGUGUACAACCAACUUGAUAGUCACCAACAAUGAAGGUCAACAUUUCCCAAACUGCAACUCGAUAGCAUCUGAGAAGUGUCAUCAUCCCAUUGAUCAGCUUCUGUUUGAUCGUGUCUUAUGCGAUGUACCCUGUAGUGGUGAUGGCACUCUGCGCAAGGCUCCAGACAUAUGGCGAAGAUGGAACUCUGGAUCAGGGAAUGGACUUCAUAGUCUACAAGUUGUGAUUGCCAUGAGAGGUUUGUCUCUGCUAAAAGUUGGUGGGAGAAUGGUAUACUCAACCUGCUCAAUGAACCCAAUUGAAGAUGAAGCUGUUGUUGCUCAAAUUCUGAGGAGAUGUGGAGGCUCUGUUGAGCUUGUAGAUGUCUCAGAUAAGCUUCCUGAACUUAUCCGAAGACCAGGUCUUAAGAAAUGGAAGGUGCAUGAUAGAGGUGGCUGGUAUAGAUCUUACAAAGAUGUUCCAAAAGUGCAGAGAGACGGAGUUCUUAGAAGCAUGUUCCCUUCUGGUAAAAGCGAUAAAGACUCAACAACAGGAGAAAUAGCUUCUGAUGAAUCAGCUGAGGAAGUCUGUAAUCUUCCUCUUGAACGUUGUGUGAGGAUAGUGCCUCAUGAUCAGAACACUGGGGGGUUCUUUAUCGCAGUGCUUCACAAAGUUUCAUCUCUACCAGAUUUUCAGGAGAAGAGAAGGUAUACCAGAGGCAGAAACUCAUCUGAGAAAACUUCAUAUGAAGAAGUCUCUGACACUGUGAUUACUACUCAGCCUGAAGAGAAUAAAGAGGAGAUAGUUGUAGAAGAAGAAGCAGCUUCAGACAAUGGCUUGAAGCUUGAGAAGGAAACCACCAGCAAAGAAGGCACUGUAGAAUUGGGUAAAGAAGUGCCACCACCAGUGAAAGGGAAGUGGAAAGGACUUGACCCUGUUGUUUUCUUGAGAGAUGAAACAGUGAUCGACGGGAUCAAGAGAUUCUACGGCAUCAACGAUGAGUCUUUUCCUCUCAACGGCCAUCUCGUGACUAGAAACAGCGACACGAGCACCAAAGGCAACGUGAAGAGGAUUUACUAUGUUUCAAGAUCGGUUAAGGAUGUUCUCGAGCUUAACCUUGCGGUAGGGGAGAAGAUUAAGGUCGCAUCUGUUGGCCUCAAGAUGUUUGAGAAACAAUCAGCGAGAGAAUGUGAAGCUGGCUCUUGCUCAUUCCGGAUAACAUCAGAGGGAUUGCAUGUGAUCCUUCCCUACAUGACCAAGCAGUUACUUUACGCAACAAUGGUGGAUUUCAAGAAUCUCCUGCAAUACAAAUCUAUCAAGUUCACAGAUUUUGUUCAUCCACAGUUUGGCCAGAAAGCAGCAGAAGUAGCCGAGGGAUACUGCGUUGUUAUUCUUGUUGAUGGUGCUCAGAAGGACGGGUCUGAAGCAGUCAAAGUGAAUUCAUCAACAAUAGCCAUUGGAUGCUGGAAGGGGAAAGCGAGCUUAACAGUUAUGGUAACAACAGUGGACUGCGACCAACUUAUCCAGAAACUUGCUUGCUGAUGAAAAGGUGGGCUAUUGUUAUUCCAAUGUCUCUUUCUUACUAUCGGAUUAAUGAAAGAGUUUUGCUUUAUUACAAAUAAGUUGCUUGUUAGGUUAUUGGAAUGCUAUCUGUUCCAAAUCAAACCAAUUGGACUGCUGUAAUGUUAUUCAAGCUGUCUCCAAUGAUAUCUUAAUGAUGUUUAUUGUUAUGUUAUUCAAGCU